GGCGCCCAGAGCGAGGCUAGGGUAGAGAGGCCGACUGAACUGGAGUCGUCCGCUUGUCGUGGAGGCUGCUUGGGAGCCGGCGAGAGGGUGAGCGGGCGAGCAGGCGAGCGAGCUAGAGCAGGCAGGAGGGAACGCCGCGCGGCGCACCGUAGUGCCGGGGCCGGGCCUCGGCGGAACUCCCUGCGGGAGAGGGGCAGCCCGAGCCGGGCGCCGCGGAGUCCCCACCCCCACCCGGCCGGACAGUGCCCGGUGUCCCCCCGUGCGGGGGGCGGCGGCGGCGGCGGACCGGACAGGACAGGACCGCGGGGGUGUUGCCGCCUCCACCGAGGAGCCGGCGCGGCCGCGGGCUCCUCACAACCCGGGCCCGAGGCCCGUGACAGACGGGCCGAGCAGGAAAGAGAGGCGGCGGCGGCACAGGCGACGGGGAGGCAGCGGCUGCGACACCAUGUCAUCCCCCAGUCCGGGCAAGAGGCGGAUGGACACGGACGUGGUCAAGCUGUAUCCUUCGUGGAGGGGGAAUUCGGGCUGUGUGGGGGAGGUGUCUUGGGGAUGCCCAGGGCACCCCCCGAACCCCAAGCAGGGACCCUGGGGUACUCCAGGCCACUGUCCGAGACUUCCUCCCUCCCCCCAGCAAUUACAGCGGCUCCUCGGCACCUCCCAGGAGCCGAGAGCAUUUUCAACUCCGCCUUUAUCUGCAGCACCUCGAAAUAUGCGUUGUUCCUGGCUCGUCUUGCACCCCCAGUGCCUGUGACUUUCCUCCACGACGUUUAGAUUCCCAAGACUGCCCUUUUUUGUAGGACCAGCCAUCUCACUCUCUUCCCCACCACUGAGCCCACCUUCAAGGUCUCUCUCUCUGUUUUCUCCCAAUGUAGAAAUUCCCGAGAGUGAAGCCUUUCUUUCCUUCUUGAGAUGCCACCAUUCCCUCCGCUCGCCGUGCUCCUUGAACUGGGGUAACUCAGCAUUGAGAGUAAACAUGAAGUUACAAUCCUGGGAGGACUCAAUGAAUUUGUAGUGAAAUUUUAUGGACCACAAGGAACACCAUAUGAAGGCGGAGUAUGGAAAGUUAGAGUGGAUCUUCCUGAUAAAUACCCUUUCAAAUCUCCAUCUAUAGGAUUCAUGAAUAAAAUUUUCCAUCCCAACAUUGAUGAAGCGUCAGGAACUGUGUGUCUAGAUGUAAUUAAUCAAACUUGGACAGCUCUCUAUGAUCUUACCAAUAUAUUUGAGUCCUUCCUGCCCCAGUUGUUGGCCUAUCCUAACCCCAUAGAUCCUCUCAAUGGUGAUGCUGCAGCCAUGUACCUCCACCGACCAGAAGAGUACAAGCAGAAAAUUAAAGAGUACAUUCAGAAAUAUGCAACGGAGGAGGCACUGAAAGAGCAGGAAGAGGGCACCGGUGACAGCUCGUCGGAGAGUUCUAUGUCUGACUUUUCGGAAGAUGAGGCCCAGGAUAUGGAGUUGUAGUAGAAAAAGCACCUGCUUUUCAGAAAGACUAUUAUUUCCUAACCAUGAGAAGCAGACUAUAAUAUUCAUAUUUAAACAAAGCAAUUUUUUUUAUUACUAAGCAAGGUUUUUAUGAAUAAUAGCAUUGAUAUAUAUAUAUUAUAUAUCACCCUUUA